CCUCAGUGCGACGUUCAGUGAGAGAACGAGAACUGUACUCAGACCUGCGAAAGUAACGUGUUUCAGAACAAGGCCAAGGGAAACGGGAAAACUGAAUGAAGUGACCUGGCCCGAAGCGACCCGAUCUGACCUGAAAAAAGCGAUAUCUAGACGUCAUGACGGCACUGCAGAGAAUAACCAAGGAGAUGCAGGACCUGGCCGACGACCCGCUGGGCCAGUUCUCGGUGGGCCCCGUGGGAACCGACCUCUUCCACUGCCAGGCGACCGUCAUGGGGCCCCGUGGCUCGCCCUACGAAGGCGGCCUCUUCGACCUCAGCGUCGAUUUCCCCAAAUCAUACCCUUUCCAGCCCCCGCAGAUUAAAUUUAAAACUCCAAUCUACCACAUGAACGUCGGCCCAUACGGAGAUAUCUGCCUUGACAUACUGGAUAAAAACUGGUCCCCCGCUCUCUCUAUCUCUAAAGUUCUGCUGGUGAUCUGCGUUCUCAUGACGGACCCAAAUCCUGACGACCCGUUAAGAUUCAACCUCCGAGACGAAUAUAAGAAGGACGUCUCGGUCUACGAGAACAAUGCACGCCAGUGGACACGCCAGCAUGCUAUGUGAUUCCUUCCUUCUAUGCUCACGGGCUUGUCAACUUGCUGCUCGCAUGAAUGUCAGUAUAUGCUCACGUGGAUGAUGAAAUUAUAUCGAAGUGAACCGUAAUACAGAUACGAUGAAAACAUCAUUAUUCCUAAACAUACACAUCAUGCUUAAAACAAGUAUGCUCAUAUGUAAACCAUUAUAUACUCACACUCAUAUGAGGAAAGGUGCUUAAGUUGUUAAUUUGUAUAUGUUGGCAUUUGUUAUGAAAGGGAAGCAAGGGUCGUUGAAUUGUUGAUCUUCUGUUUUUCUUUUCUUCAAUUGAAUUAAAAUACAAACGUUA